AUGUCGGACAGCGGGGAUUACGUUCCUCUGGUCCCUUACAAUGGGACCGAUGCCACCGGUGGUGAUUCUUUGACCCAGGAUCUCAACAUCUACUACAAUGCCGGUGAUAUUGCGUGGAUGAUUACUUCCACCGCACUCGUCUUGCUCAUGAUUCCCGGCGUUGGUUUCUUCUACUCCGGUUUGGCCCGUCGUAAAUCAGCGCUUUCCCUGAUCUGGCUGUCCAUCAUGUCCGUCGGUGUCAUCUCCUUCCAGUGGUUCUUCUGGGGUUAUUCACUCGCCUUCUCUCACACCGCUGGCUCGUACAUCGGAGACUUGAAGAACUUUGGUUUCAUGAACGUCUUGGGUGCUCCGUCUGUAGGCAGCACCAAAGUGCCUGAUCUUUUGUUCGCUGUCUACCAGGGAAUGUUCGCUGCCAUCACUGUCGCUCUUGCUGUUGGCGCUGUGGCUGAACGUGGCCGCAUGCUCCCUUGCAUUGUCUUCAUGUUCGUCUGGUCCACCAUCAUCUACGAUCCCAUUGCCUGCUGGACAUGGAACUCGUCCGGUUGGGUAUUCAAGCUCGGAGGUCUCGACUUUGCCGGCGGUACCCCCGUGCACAUUUCAUCUGGCGCUGCCGCUCUCGCCUAUUCCUUGAUGCUCGGCAAGCGCCGUGGCCACGGUACUCACGAACUCAACUACCGUCCUCACAACGUCACCCACGUCGUCAUUGGUACCGUCUUCCUCUGGGUCGGAUGGUUCGGAUUCAACGCCGGUUCCGCCUUGAGUGCUAACCUCCGCGCCGUCAUGGCUGCCGUUGUGACCAACUUGGCCGCUUCCGUUGGAGGUGUCACCUGGUGUCUCCUCGACUACAGACUGGAGAAGAAGUGGUCAACCGUCGGUUUCUGCUCAGGUGUCAUUGCUGGUCUCGUUGCCAUCACUCCUGCUUCUGGCUUCGUCCCGGCCUGGUCCGCUGUCGUCUUCGGUAUUGUCGGUGCUGCUGCUUGCAACUACGGCACCAAGCUCAAGUAUUUGUUGGGCAUUGACGAUGCGCUUGAUAUCUAUGCUGUUCACGGUAUUGGUGGUAUCGUCGGAAACCUUCUCACCGGACUCUUUGCUGCCGACUACAUUGCUCAUCUUGACGGUGCCACCACCAUCCCCGGUGGAUGGCUCAACCACCACUACAUCCAGCUCGCUUAUCAAUUGGCCGACUCCGUCAGCGGUCUUGCUUACUCCUUCUUCGGGUCCUGCAUCAUCCUUCUCAUCAUCAACUUCAUUCCCGGUCUCAGCCUUCGAUCCACUGAAGAGGACGAAAUUAUGGGCAUUGACGACGCGGAGAUUGGCGAAUUUGCUUAUGACUAUGUUGAGAUCACACGCGAUGUGAUUGGAGCCACUGAUGGAAACUCCAUCCCCGUCAGCAAGGCUAACUCCCUUGAACGACCAGUCGAGGAGUCCAAGGUCUAA